UCCGGCGGCCUCCGCUCCCGGCCCGCGCCCUUCGCCCCGCGCCGCCCGCCUGGCCCCGCGGCCUCCUCUGGCAGCUUCCUCGGCCCGCCCGGCCCCGCUAUGGCGCUCAACAAUUUCCUCUUCGCCCAGUGCGUCUGCUACUUCCUGGCCUUCCUGUUCAGCUUCGUGGUGGUCGUGCCGCUGUCCGAGAACGGCCACGACUUCCGCGGCCGCUGCCUGCUCUUCACCGAGGGCAUGUGGCUGAGCGCCAACCUGACGGUGCAGGAGCGCGAGCGCUUCACCGUGCAGGAGUGGGGCCCGCCGGCCGCCUGCCGCUUCAGCCUGCUCGCCAGCCUCCUCUCGCUGCUGCUCGCCGCCGCGCACGCCUGGCGCACGCUCUUCUUUCUCUGCAAGGGCCACGAGGGCUCCUUCCUCUACGCCUUCCUGAACCUCCUGGUCAGCGCCUUCGUGGUCUUCCUCGUCUUCAUUGCCAGCACCAUCGUGAGCGUGGGCUUCACCAUGUGGUGCGAUGCCGUCACGGAGAAGGGCACCGUGCCCCACAGCUGCGAAGAGCUCCAGGACAUCGAUUUGGAGCUGAACGUGGACAACUCUGCCUUCUAUGAUCAGUUUGCGAUUGCCCAGUUUGGCCUCUGGGCCUCGUGGCUGGCCUGGCUGGCCAUCACCAUCCUGGCCUUCCUGAAAGUGCACCACAACUACCGCCAGGAGGACCUGCUGGACAGCCUCGUCCACGAGAAGGAGCUGCUGCUGGCCGGGCCGGCCCGCCGCGCCUCCUUCCAAGAGGAGAAGAGUGCCGUCAUCUAGGCCGGGGAGCCGGGCCCCCAGAUGCCCCCCCGCCCCGGGCACACGGCCUGUCCUGGAGGAGCGGCCGGCGGCUCUGCCUGGGCCCCCACCCCGGCCCCACAGCCUUGCAUGUCUCCCCUUGGUGCUGUGUGUAGUGAGUGACCGCUCACCCGAGCGCCCCUUCCCACCAUGAGUGUGCCACUGAGGGGGGUGAGGGGCCGGGGCCAAGAGACCUGGGGCUGCGAGGGCCUCCUCCAGGCUUCACGCAGCUGCGACACGCCUGUCCUGGUGGGACUGGCCUGGCAAGCCUCGUGGAAGGACUUCCACCCUCCCAGACCCCUCUGGUGGUCCUCGCUCGGCCCCGGGGCCUUGGCCAGAUGCCGUCUCCAGUCCAGCCAGCCCAGGUGUGAUUCCAUGCACGAUUCCACGGUAGCAGCGCAUGUCCCCGGAGUGACCCCACCAGCCACAAUGACCAUGCGCCACUCUCGUCACUCGCUCCUGAGUGGUGUGUGGGACAGGAGUCCCGAGACCUGGGAGCAGAGGGUCAAGUGUGGGAAGGAGCUCAUGUGCAUCCCCCGCCUUCUGGCCAGGGACCCCCCCAGGGCUGAGUCGCCCUCUUCUCCUGCUCCAGGGCCCCCAGGUGGCCAGACCCGGUCUCAGCAUUGAAAGUGCAGGGACAAUGGUGAGGCCUGGAGUCAGGUGGUGGCUGCGUGGGCAUCCUGGGGAGCGGCCGCGGUGCCCAGGGGGGAGCCUGCUCAUUGGUCCCCUCUGUUCCCUGUCACAGGACUUGCCUGGGGGAUCCCCGUGUGGCCUGGCUCGGAGCCCUUGGGGCCCCAGCAUUUGUCUCACUGUGUGUGGGCUGGACCCGUGCUUGGCGCAGAGACGGGGACAUGGGCUUCUGGGGGCACCACCUCGCAGGGACGGGGGGAUAGGGCCAGGGGCCACCGCAGGUGUCUGAGUGCACGUGGGGGUCUGAGUGUGUGUGUGAUAUUAGUGUGCAUGUCAUAUAAUGUGCAUGCAUGCAUAUAAGUGUGUGAAUGUGUGUGUGGGUCUGCGUGGGAAGGUGUGUGAGUGUGUGUGAAUGUGUGUAAAUGUAAGUGUGUGAGUGCAAGUGAGAAUGAGAAUAUGAGUGCACACACGCACAAGUGUGUGAGUGUGAGCGUGCGAGUGUGUGCACGGGAAGGUGCGGGCGGAGAUCAGAGCUGCGAGGACAUGUGCAUUAAGGGCAGUUCCUCUGACCUCAUCCACAUGGUGGGGGCUCACCCAGAGGGGCUGCCUUCCAGUCUUACGGAGUCCGCUCACCAAGGCCCCCAGAGAGCACCACCCACCCCCAGGGGCAGGUGGAGGAGCUGCGGGGAACCGCGAGCUCAGUGACUAGGAACCAGGGCGGGGGCUGCCUGGCUGUGGACCCCCCUUGAGGGGCUCCCUUGCUUCCGCACCUACACACACUGCUCUGUUCCUGUCCAGGAGUGGGGCACCCAAGAUGGAGCAGACCCCACCAUCCCCAGAGGCUCAGUAAGCAUGUUAGUUUCCUAGGCUGGCCUGGUGCCUCAGUUUCCUCCCGCUGCUGCCCACCCCCUGCCUUGGGAAAGGAAAGCCCCUGCUUCCCACAUCUCCAUGUGGCUCUCACCGCCAGCGGCUUGUUUGGUCUCCCAAAUGGGGGUCCACGGGGCCUCCAGGGGCCACGGAUCGGGGCCUGGGUUGAGGUGCCGGGUGGGGCGGGCAGCCUGGGCCCAGGAAAUGAGGCCAGCAGGUCCCUUGUAAGAGUGCUGCUCAGCUGGCGCCUGUCUGGGAGAGAGGUCAGGGCCGGGGGGCUGAGGCUUCUGGCAUUUCAGAGGUGCUCUGCCUGGCUGAGAGCACCAGGCAGAGCAGCUGGGGCUUCUGGGGAGGUAUUCUGACAGAACCUAAGGUCCCUAAGUGGAUGUGGUCUGGCCCCGGCCCCGCAUGCCAACCCUAAUCCUCCAGCCGUGGGACCCUUCCAGCCCCUGAGAGCUCCUCGCCUGUUCCCAGUGGAAGGUGGAGCAGCGCUGCCUCGUCCCCCAUUCGGGCAGCAGCCGUCUGGGCCCUGGAAGGAGGAGCAGGGGCAGUACGUGGCUUCUGGAUCCUGAGGGUCCACCAAAGGUUUGGAUCUGCCCUCGGCAGCUACCGCUUGUGGAUAGCCCCCAGCUGGUGGGGGCAGCCCCUUGAUCAGACCAGCAGAGACCUGCAUCCACUUGCCUCCGGGGUCGCCUGCAGAGCGGGCUGUCGCUGACCACAGGCCUGUCUCAGGCCGGCUACACGCAGCACCCCCAGACAUCAUGUCCCGGGAGCUCCCUGGAAAGGGACAGUGGGGCCCCGGGAGGAGGUACCAGGCAGGAGCUGCGUGCCCUUGCAGUGGGCAGGGGAGGGCCCCCUGCGGGGCGGGACAGGCAGGAAGGCAGACGUGGCCCUGGGGCCCCUGAGGUGGGUCCACUCCGGCUCGCUCCCACGAUGCCUUGCUUCUCCAGCUGCUGUUUGAUGACCCACAUUCCUGUUCUAAUUCUACUUCUGGCUAAACUGAAAGUAAAGAUUCUUAAACUCAAA